AUGCCCUUCCUACCUCCCUCUGAGUCCUACCAGAUCUGCAUCAUCCCUCCAAGCACAGCACGGACCCUUGCCCGAGGCCCUCUGAGACAUUCCUUCCCCUCCGCCCUCCCCUCCUCGUGCUGGCCAGCCCUCUACCACCCCAGCAAUCCAUCUCGGUCAGCACAUCACGCCGCCCGCACCCCCCGCACAACGCCCCCUCAUCACCCUCCCCACAGUCACAUGCUCAAGGCCCCCCGAGCAAGACCUCUGCCACCCAACUAUGUCCCCACUGCCCCAACACCACCACCUGUUGCUGACACCCACACUGUUUUAGCAAAUGUUGACCUCCUGUUAUCUCGCCGCCAAAUAUUCUAA